AUGAAGCAGCUGUCAUCAGGCAGGGGAGAGCCGGACCGAGAGCAUAGGGAUUGCUGAGGCAGCAAUUUCAGGGCAACUGGAAGUAAUCAAUUAGAAUAAUAUCGCUGCGAUGAAUCCGACGUAGAUGAGCAUAUUAUUUAAAAGGGCAGCAAAAGGGAAUCCGGGGGCAGGAUCCAACAGCAUGACAGGCGUCAGUGGUAAGAGCGUUGGUGUUAAAGUAGGCAAGCAAACCAGAUCAAAGGCUGCUAACACUACAGGUGCAAACCCGGUAACAGCCUCGGGUAAUAAUGCCAGCAAAUCUUCCGGAGAAGAAGAUGAGAAAGAUGGUGGAGUGCUUUUCUAUGUGAAUAAAAGUGGUUUCCCGAUUGAUGAGCGCACUUGGCAAAGAAUGUGGACGCAUGUGGCUAAAAUACACCCGGGUGGGAAGGAGAUGGAGGAGAGUAUAAGAAAAGCUGCAUUUAUACCCCGGCCUCCAGUUCCAUCACUGCCAAAAUACAAGCCAUCCAUGUCAAUUCCAGAUUGGUUGCGCACAAUACAAGGCUACAUGAAGCUGCUGCAAUACAAUCACACUGGAACCCAGUUCUUUGAGAUUAAGAAAAUCAGACCUUUGAGUUGGUUAAUGGACACAGCCAGAGAAAUGACUCGUGAAUCAUUGCCAAUUAAAUGCCUUGAAGCUGUGAUUCUUGGAAUAUACCUGACGAAUGGACUAGCAGCUGUAGAAAGGUUUCCCAUCAGCUUUAAAACCCAGUUCUCAGGGAACUGCUUUCACCACGUGGUGCUGGGUGUCUAUUACAAUGGUCGCUAUGGAACACUAGGCAUGAGCAGGAGAGAGGACUUGAUGGACAAGCCGUUGACCUUUCGAACUCUCAGUGACCUGUUUUUUGAAUUUGAUGACUCUUACAGAAAGUACCUGCACACUGUGAAAAAGGUGAAGAUUGGCUUGUAUGUAUGCCAUGAUCCACACAGCUUCCAGCAGAUUGAAUGGAAGCAUUUGGUUUUAAACACGGGAAAGAUGAGCAGAGAAGAGACGCGGAAAGAGUUGGAAAAGCAUGCUCGGGACAUGAGAAUGAAGAUUAUAAAGACCUCAGGUUCCCAGUCUCCAGUUAAAGACCGACAACGGGAAAAAUCAUUAUCACCAUGCCAUCGGCAGAUGAGCCCUCAGAGACGACUUAAGCGAAGAGAUAAAUCGUAA